AAGACUGAUAUAUACAUUUCCUCACAUUUUCUGAAUGAAAAUGCUUAUGAAUUGUUAUCGGCUUAAUGAUAAAAAAUUGUGCAAAACAGGUUUUCUUUCAGAUUUAGGGUAUUUGUAAUCGUUAGUAGACAACCAUAUAUACGAAAUAAUAAUAAUAAAGAUAACGUACGCUGUCCGUGAUAAAUUUCAAAAUUUCCUUAUAUAUUUAAGUGUUCGUGUAAGUAUUCCAGCGAAAAAAAACAGAUUGAAAAUGUUCAAAGUGAUCUUCAUAACCUUUUUCUGUCAUUAUGCUGUUGAAUUAGUCGCAUCACAGCAGUGUCAACUAUCUAAAUCAUCGAGAUCAUGUCAACCGACCUGCGAGUUUAUGCAUCCACCAUGCAGAAAAAGUGUUAAUCCUCAAGAUCUAUGCCAGUGCGAAGAAGGGUACAUCCUAUUGAAUUAUAAGAACACCACUUGUGUACCUAUUGAAGAAUGCCCAAGUAAAUGCAGCAGUCCUAACCUUUUCUGGAACGACUGUGGUUCGAAGUGCCCAAAAACUUGUCAAAAACCGAAUCCUCAAGCUUGUACGAAAAUAUGUGAACCUGGCUGUUUUUGCGAAGAAGGUCUUAUACUGAAUGAAGCAAAUAUGGAAUGCAUCAAACCAAAAAAUUGUCCAAAGUAAAAAAAAAAUCGACGCAUUUUUCAGUGAUUAAACAAAAAUAAAACCACCCCUCAAGUUGUUGAA